CCUGCCCUGUAGGGGGCAGCGAGUGGCCUGAGACGACGCUAAUCUGUGAAUUCACGUACAGAAGAAGAAACAGGCGGAAGAAAGCGGAAGCGAAGUUUUCCGGUGUCCUUGUGCGGCGGUUAGAUUUGCCCGGACAGCGAGGAUGUACAGGCACAUACUUGCGCUCCAGCAGGUGUCGCGGCGGAGCAUCUCCAGCGCCGCCCGCCGCCGGCUCGAGAACAAAGUCCCGGAGAAACAGAGGGCGUUUCAGGAGGACAACGGGAUGCCAGUUCACUUAAAAGGAGGCGGCAGCGAUGCUCUGCUGUACAGAACAACGAUGGCCCUCACCGUCCUGGGAGCUGGAUAUGUCGUGUAUGAGCUGGUCAUGGCAGCGUACCCCCAGAAGAAGGACUAGCUCCACUGCCACAGCUGUUUACCUACGUUUCAGAACCAGACCGGUGUGUGUGUGUGCUGGUUGUAAAAAUUAAAUCUGUCUGUGCCGGUUCAAAUGUCCCCUGCCUCGGUGGGAUUUAGAUUUUAUGUUCAUGGGAUCAAUAUUUAUUUCUUGCACUCCGCUUACCUGAGGAUCAAUAAAAAAACAUACCUCUCAUGAC